AUGCUAAAUGACAAGAUCUCUAAAGGUACUCUAGCAUCUGUGUACAGCAGAAACCUUAACAGCUACAAGCCAACAGCAAUAAAAGGGAUUAUUAUUGUUGACUGUAGUUGGUUUCCUACUGUGAUUCUCAAUAUAGAACCGACGAACUAUCGUGUAACAGCAAUAUCAUCAGCGACCAAACUGUGCCCUGCGUGCGUGAACACUCAUCAGGAGCUGCCCACCGAAACCAGUGGUACUGGUAUCAAAGGAGUGCAGCAUCCUGACAUAUACAUCAUCCUAAGGUCAACGACGCCCGAAAAAGACCUCUAUAAGCUGUAUACUGUUGAGGAAAUCUCUAGCAAGAAACCUACUUUUGCAUCAAAAGAAGUCCUAACAACUAAAAGAGAGUUUCUUUACGCACACGACAAUGCGUCUCAAGCCAGGCCACUGGACGAUGACAUGACCAGUAGUCUGACCCUUGACCCAGACAUCCUCAGCAGGUCAAAUCAUGACGAGGCCAUGGCCAGUCUCAUGGAGCGACGGCGUGCAUACUUGCGUAGGCAGUGCAUUGCAACAAAUGCUAACAAGGUCAAACCAGCGAUGAAAUGGAUAACGAGAGUUACGCUGAACGCAAAGGGAUUUUUCCGUGUCUGUGCAACCCCUAAGGGAGGUUCUACGUCGUGGCGGCAGCUGACCCUGCGGAUGCCGAAAGAUGUGGUCGGCCGAUCCCCGCCACUGCAGAUCCUGAGCGUCAGACAUCCCUUGGCCCGCCUCGCCUCUGCCUACAGAGACAAAUUUCUGGGAGGAUUGCCCCUCUACAAAUACGACCAGGAAUGGCGCCAGAAAACGAAGUCCCGGAUGCCUUGGUACAACGAGUGGGAGACCUUCUGGUUCUCAGCGCUCGCAGCUCGAGGCUCGUUUCCCUUCCGGCCCAAUCUGCGGAUGAGGGCCAGGAACGCAACUUACUGGGCCAAUGUGGACCACGGAAGAGAGAUCUACAAAGUCCUGAAAAACUCCUAUGGCAAGGCCGGCUUCAGGCUGAGAAGCGAUUUCCGCAACGCGUCCUUCACCUUCGAGGACUUCCUGCGCUAUGUGGUCUGGACCCAUGAUGUCGGCUUCAUGAACAAGCACUGGGCGCCUCUCGUGUUCCUGUGCAACCCGUGCAAGCACAGAUACCAUUUCAUUGUUCACCUGGAGACCAUCGCCCCCGAGUUCAACUACGUCAUGAACUUUCUGAAUCACACGGAAGGCAUAGAGCUCAAGGAGGAUCGCAAGACGAAGACGACGAACCGAUCGGACAUAUACCUCUAUGAGGAUAUACCGAAAGAUAUAAUGGAAAGGAUAUUGGAGAUUUAUAAAUUUGAUUUUGAACUAUUUGGAUACAGAUACCCCUCUCUCUGAUGCACCUCUGCGGUAUAUCAAUUCCGAAUUUGUUGUACAUAUUGAUUUUAAACGCGUGUUUGUCGGAUAAAUUAGAAAUAAGAUAAAUAUCAGGGAGAUAAAUAGAAGACGGCUAAAUAAAAAAAAUAUAUAUAUAACCACACAUCUGCGUUCAUACGCAAAUGUGACGUGGAUAAACGGUAUAUAAGCAAGAUAGAGCGAAUGGAAAUAAAGUGACUGGAUCGAAGGACAAAGACCGAAGGCCAUCUAAAUCACUGUAAUUUAGUGCACAUGUGCGGAUAGUGAACUAAUGAUGAAAAGAAAUGUAGUAGAAAUCUCCAUCAAGGUUCAGAUACUGAAAUGAAUACACUCCAUUCCACUGGUUAUGUAAUUUCCAUAUGCACACGAAUAUGGAGCACAUAUGAGACGUAAUUCAGCUGACCGUUACCAUACAUCUUUAUAAGCAAGAUUUCAAAAUAACAUCAGUGACAUGACGUGAUUCUAAUAUGGUGGAAAAUAGCAGUGUAGAUACAUAUGAUGAUAGCUGAUCAUCACAAAUAAUACAUGAUGCACUUGUUUUUCAAUUUCUUUAAGUAACAUACAGUUUGGGCCUCUGACUUUUCCAAGGUGAUUAGAGGACAGCGAAUUAUUUUCCCAUAAUUUUUCCGGUACUGGUUUAAAUAUCUGAAUCAACAGAAUUCAUACGAAACACAUGUUAAAUUUGUUCACUCA